AAACAGCAGGUGUCUGUAAGUCAGCCUGAUACAGAGUUAGAGAUAUUUGUUAUUUAUAAACUAUAUUAGUUUUUCUCUCCAGCUGUGUUGACACAAAAACCAAAACAGACAAACUUCAGAGUUGUGAUUUGAAGUCGUACAGGAUUGUCAAACAGUAGCCAGGUGAACAUGACGGACCUAUCAGCUCUCAUCCUAAAGAUGGCCUUUCUGCUGCUGCCUCUGCUGCACUGCACAGAUGCAAAGAUGGACAUCAUCUUCAGUAAGCAAGAUGUUCUGUUGGGAGAAGAGAUCUUACUGCUUUGUAAAGCUGGGGCAGAGGGAGAAAUAACGUGGCACAAAGAUGGGGAAGAAAUUAUUGAUGAAGAGAAGGUGACAAAGCAGGAUGAGACUUCCUCUAAACUGCGCAUUAAGAAUGCAACGAUGCAGGAUGUGGGCAAAUAUAGCUGUGUGUGUGAAUUUGACAGUGGACACAAUGAUGACACUUCUACACAGCUGUAUGUUUAUGAGGGUCCAUCAUUUGGAAGCACAAACACAUACCAUGAAUUUCUGGAGGGCACAGACGGCAUUGUGCCAUGCCUGGUGAUGGGCCAGCCAGCCGUGGAUGUGCACUGGCUCAGAGACGGAGAGGAAAUCUCCUCGAAUGGAGGAAAGCGUGUGCGUCGGCUGCCUGACAACACAGUCCUGAUUGAAAAAGUGAAGAGGAAGGAUGCUGGGACGUAUGUGUGCCGGGCCCAGAUCAGAGGAAGGCCCGUCUAUCAGCAACUCCCUGUCUCUGUUGUCGUCAAUGCUCCUCCUUCUGUGCGUCUGAGAGAAGAGGUGAAAAAGGUUCUGGCCGGACCAGAGACCAACGUUUCCCUGCUGUGUUUGGUGGACGGUCUACCAAAACCCAACAUCACCUGGAACAUGCCGGUGACCUUUGACCCCUCACAUCAUCAGUUUAACUCGGACCGUAGCCAGUUGACUAUAAAGUCUGUUGCCAGGGGCGACUACGGAGAGUACAUCUGCACCGCCACCAACAAGAUCGCUGAGAGCACCGCUACCUUCAUGUUUCAUGUUUAUGAGGCCCCAGAGGUGUUUGUGUCAGCAGAGCAGCAGAGUGUGUCAGUGGGCGAGCGGGUCACUGUGUCCUGUAACAUAUCCGGUCAUCCUCAGCCUGAGCUGCACUGGCUCAACAAGCAAAAUGGACGCAUACUGGACUCUGGCUCUGGUCGUGUCCGUGUUGAAGAUGGUGCGUUGGUGAUUGAUGAGGCAGUGCCCUCUGAUGGUGGACUGUAUUCCUGCAUGGCUGUCAGCAACUCGGGAAACGCAUCGAGAGACGUUGCAAUAUACACCAAAGUGAGCAGCAUGACAAAAGGCACCGUGUUCGGCAUUGUCAUGGUGAUCUUCCUGGUGGUGUUCCUGGUGGUGGACGCCACCUGCUGCUACAGAAACCGCUGCGGCCUGCUUAUGUCCAUCUCUACGAAACUGUUUGGACAGAAGGUCCCAGGCCUCAAAAUGCUUGAAGAAGGAGAGGGAACCACUAAUGGAGAAGUGAAGCUGAAUGGCUUAUCCACUCCGAGAGGCAGUGUGCAAAAUGCGGGGCUGCAGACAUUCCCUAAGGAGGGGGGGGCGCUGCCAGAGAUCACCUGCGACAAAGCCUCCCUUACCAAACAUGAGAAAAAAACGCCAGGAUCAGACACUGCCGAUGCAUGAGGCCAGAAAUCAGAAGAAAAAAUAAAUGAAAUAAAUAAAAGUGUGAAUAAUUUAUAGACCAAAAAAGAAGAUCAAUAAAAAACAAUCACUCAGUUGUAUUAGCUGGGUCACAUUGGAUACAGCUGCUAUGAGAAAGGUCAGUCUUCACUGACAGAAUGGAGGGGAAAUCCUGAUUGUUGAGGUUUGUUAACACUUGGCUGUUUCACACAUCUGUGCUGUUAAAGUGAGACGACAGCUGGUUAACUAUCUCCCAGCUUAAAGUUAAAACGAAAACUGACACAGACUUCAUGCAGGAGGUGCACUUUGUAGAUGCUGUUGUUGUUGUUGUUCUGUGUACUCUGAAUUAUAUUAGGAAAAAGGAAAAGUUCAUUUACAGGGUAAUCGUGAUGUCUGUGUUUUACAGGGUAAAAUGAUUUGUGUUGGAAAAAAAUGAAACAUUUUCUAAAAGUCACAAUCAAUGUUUACCUUCAACAUUUUAAAUGUUGCACACAGACAGAUGGUCUCAUUUCAUUUCUACUCAAAUGCAUUGAAAAUAGUUUUUAUGCGUUAAUGAUGCUUUUUAUAUCUUUAUUUUCUUAACUGUUUUAUUUACAUGCAUCGUGGCUGCUCUUCUGAAAUAAAUGUAAGCAUUAUACAUCUUGUUCUUUUAGAUUAAAUAGCACAGUUUUUUCUGAUACUGACAUGUAUUUUCAGCUUGAAAUAAACAUAUAUUACCUUUAUGUAAUCAUCAAGCACUAAUAUGUAUUGUUUUAAACCGUAAUUGAAAGAUAUUUAUCAUGAGAGGCUUUAAACUGAAGCCAUAUUUGACUUAACCAGAUUUACAAAGCAUUUUUUGUGUGGAAGAACUUGUAUACAUGGUUGGCAACUGCCACUAGAAGGGACUUGAACUAUACAUUUAUUAAUUAAAUAUUUUGGAAAUAUCCAUUCAAAAGUACCUGUAAUAAUAGGCGGCAUGUCAAACGUAUACACAAAACACAUUUGUUAUAUUCACUUAGUGAAGCUUUUAUAUUCAUAUGUACAGUAAACAAAUAUUCAAAGGAAAAUUGUCAAAAAUUCUACCUUCAGCUUUAAAAAAAAGAAAGAAAAGAUACUUCGAUAUAAGUGACCUGGCCAUUUUAAUGAAGUGUUUUGAUCCUGUUGUAAUAUUGCAGUGAUCACUAUCUAUAUAGUGAUCACUGCAAUAUUAUCUAUUGCUGUAAAUACACGUGUUGUUACAUCUUUGUGA